CUAACAGCCGGUUUCCGAAACGUUAUUCAAAUCUUCGAUCAUCUAAUCGAGCUGUUAGAUUUGAUCAACUGUUAACCAGUGACGAGUUUCUCAAACGUCGAUCAUCUUAAAAUUAUAUGAUCGUAGAAAAUCGAUUAUCUGACAUACGAUUUGGUAUCGAUACUGUCACAAUCGGCUGUCAUCCUUCAAAAUUUCAUUUUAUAACCAAAAAAUUUCAAUCCAUAGUAAAUAACUACAUAAUUUAUAUAAUUAAAAAAUAUAUUAAAAAUGAGCAAUACAAACGGAAAUCCUCCACGCAAAAAUUAUACUGAGAGAGAGAGAGAAAUGUUUGCUGUUGGAAAUAAUUGGAAAAUACAAGCAUAUUAAAUUGAAAACAAAUAAUGUACCAAUGCUAUGUCCACCAACCAAAACAAUGAAACCUGGGAAAAAUAGCGCUGAAUUUCCCAGAACUCCCAAGCAGCUGAACACUGCAUAUAUAAACUUAAAAAGGGUCACUAGCCAAAAAGUAGCAGAGGAAAAUAUUCAAAAAUAUAAUGAGCAGAAGGUUUUGGACCAGUUGAAGAGAGACCAAACUGCGGACAAAAAAGACAUACUUGCAACAGGUGGUGGCACAUUUAGGCCUCGUCUCACAGAUGUAGGAGCACAAAUGUUGAGUUUGAUUGGCAAUCAAAUCCAACCUUUACCCAACAGUUGUGACAGUGCAUCUGGUUUCUUCACAUCUGUUGCACAAGACAGUCAAGUGGAAGUAGAUUACCUACAAUUGGAAGACACAUAGCAGACAUCCAAUGUACCCUCUACUUCCACUGUGCUGCUCAGUACACCCACGACAACUGCUGUCCUGCCCAAGAAGACAGCCAAGAUGUCUCAGGCUCGUUCAAAAAAUAAAAAAGUAAAAGAUGUAGGGAGCGAAACCCUUAAUGUAUCUUUUACAAAAAAAAUUGAAACAGCAAGACUAGAAAAAAGAAGUAAGAUAGUAUUUUUCAACAAGAAAAAAAGAAAUUUUAGAAGUAGAGCUUCAAAUAAAAAAAUUCGAUGUCAAUAAAUUAUUCGGUAAUAGUGGUUAGGUAUGUACCUAAUAAAGUAAUUUUAAAUAAAAAUUGUAAUUUCUUUAAAUAAUAAAAUUAAUCAAAAUGUG